AUGGGUCAGCAUGUGGGCCUGUGUAUUCCGCGAUGGAUCGACGUGGAAGGCGUUAAAAAUUUUCGUGACAUUGGCGGUUGGCCAGUAAAAGACGGCAGUGGUUACAUUCGAGAAAGAGUGGUGUUUAGAUGCGGGCAUCUCACCGACAUCACCGACCAAGGUAUACGUACGUUGCAGGAAUUGAACGUCGUGGCCAUCUUUGAUUUCCGCUCGGAUAUGGAGAUCAAUUAUCACGGUGGCAUCAGAGAAAUUCCAGGAACCACUUAUUAUGAGUCUGCUAUUUUCAAGGAUGUUGACUUUUCCCCCGAAAAUAUGGGUCAAACCAUGGGCCGAUUUCUGGAGGGAACCGAAGGAUUUAUUCUCGUUUAUUUGACCAUGCUGGAGAAAGCCAAAGAUCAGUACCGUAAAAUUCUCUUGCAUAUGAUCGAACAUCAUUCGCGGGAUACCAGAGAUGCUUUGAUCAUCCAUUGCACUGCUGGUAAAGAUCGAACCGGCCUUUUCUGUAUGAUGCUUCUUGGCCUGUGCGGAGUCGAUGAUGAAAUCAUUGCACGAGAAUAUGCACUGACAAAUCUUGGUUUUUGGGAGUCGGAAGAGGAUAUGCGACGAAAAGCCAAUCGAGCUGGAGUGCCUUUGGAACAUAUGAAGGCCGCCAUGUCGGCUCCGUAA